AUGGCUGCUACGGCCAACGACAUACCACGCUUUGCUGCCCUCAAGCGUCGUGCCGAGGACACAGUUAAAGCUGGUGCUCAUGGCCGUACAGAUCAGUUUGCGGUUGCCAACCACCUGGAUGGACUGCAGGAGAAAUUCCAAGUUCUCAACAAAGAUGAGCUUGCAGAUGCACUUCGCUCCAGGUUGCUAGAGCUCAAUGAGCACCGUAGCUCCUGGGCCCCGGAAUAUCUUUCUCUGCUGCUGGAACUUGCAGAUCGUCCGGCUCAGUAUUCACGAUUGGAUCGAAUCCCAAAGCCGAAACUCCAAGAGGAGGCCGCACCGCUCACUUGGUCUGACUUGGAUGCAGCCGGGUCGGCAUUUUGCGAAGAGGAUAUCUGGGAAGCUGUAGACUACGGAGCCGAUUCUUCCGAUGAGGAGAUCGCAUCUGUUUCCCUGUCAACCGACACCCACCGCUCGCGACCACCCCAGAUUUCUAUAGCUCCAGAAGAAGAUUAUGUGAUUCCAGAUGCUGCAUUGACAUCUGGUGAUGACGAAGAACUGGUAAAGUCGAUAAAGCAGGCACAAUUCUGGACACGAAACAGCAAGUUCGAUGGGGGUCACGAAGUAGUAUCUUCUUGCGCCUUGACGGAACUUGAGGUUAUUCGGGAGACAAUCUUCAUGCUGCAAGGCCUGCCUACUUCUAUGUUUCGACGAUUUAAUGGCAAUGUUGAAGUAGAUCAGAACUACAAUAUUGCGCAUUUAUCGAGAGAAACUUUCUCCUCGGUUCUACGAUCCCUGAGUUCAGUCGGAACUCAAGUCGACAUUCUCAGACUAUUCGUCAGGAUGCCACAAACUAUUCCUUAUAUGCAAACCUUCCAGCGGGGACUGGAAGGUUGUCUGAGUAAUUAUGACAUGUUUCUUUCAAAAGCACAACAUCAAUACCUCUCUCCAACGUCAACCGCCUCUGUUAGUCUGCUGCAACUCUCUGAAGAUGUGUGCCGUGAAACUAGGCUUCUCCUGAUACUGUCAGACCUAGUCUCGAAGCUUGAGACAACGUCAGUGAAUGCUUCCGUUCAAUGUCUCAAUCGUCUGUACGAUGUAGUAUGCUUGACUCAAGCGACAGGUGAUGAUGAUAGGUUCGCGGUCCUUGCUGAUCUGUUCUUCUCAUGUUUGGAAACCUUUGCCCGACCUAUUCGUCUCUGGCUAGAAACCGGCAAACUAGAAGACGCAGCCAAUCAUGGGUUUUUCGUUCACCACCAGCAGAAGAAUGGUGACCUGCGAACGCUCUGGCAUGACUGGUAUACCCUCGAUGCGCUUUCGAACAUCUCCUCUGUGCCCCGAUUCAUCCAACCCAUCAUGCAGAAAGUCCUCAUUGCCGGCAAGAGCAUGGUAUUCUUGCGGCACUUGAACAUGAGUCCGGGUGAUGAGGACCGCAGAAAAACAUCCGUGACGAUAGAGGACGUGUGCCCUCCAGAGUCCCCUUCAUCUUACCUUCCUUUCUCUGUUUUGCUCGAGUCUGCCCUCCAGAGGAUGGUGGAGGUAAAUUACAAUGCUACAUCCGCGUUACUGAGACGCAAGUUUGACAAAGAGUGUGGGUUGUGGGAAUCGCUUCAGGCUCUGGAGUACAUCUACCUCUGCCGAGACAUGAGCAUGUCUGGCAUAAUCGACAGUAAAAUAUUCGACUUGAUCGAUAGAGGGAAAGCGGCAUGGAGCGACCGAUAUCUCCUUACAGAACUGGCGCAGAGUAUUCUUGGUUCGAUGCCCUUUAUUGACCCGUCACGACUCAUUGUACGAUCCUCGACGGAUGGAAUAAACGGCGAGAAGAGCAGCAGCCGAUCGAUGAACAUGCUUAAUGCAAUUUCAUUUGAUUAUAUCCUACCGUGGCCUGUUGCAAACAUAAUCCCAAAAUCCGCGAUCUCUGAUUACCAGCGAAUUUCCAGAUUUCUGAUGCAGAUACGCAGAGCGAAGCAUGCACUUGUCAAACAGCGCUUACAGCAUAGCAAUAUCCACGACAAGAUACAAGAUACGAGGAACAAUACGCUAAGCUAUGCGCUGCGACACAACAUGCUCUGGUUUCUCAACGCCAUCUACAGUCACAUGACAGACUUCGUCAUUUCAGCAGCAACCGCGUCGCUACGCAAGGACUUAUCCGCCGCCAGUGACAUUGAUGGUAUGGUCGAGGCCCACUAUAACUUUAUGAUGUCUCUUAAAGAACAAUGCUUGCUAUCGGACAAUCUUGAAAUGAUUCACCAAGCCAUUGUUGCUAUUCUCGACCUUUGUGUCCGUUUUUCGGAGGUUCAGGCUACGCGCUACGGAAGCGACCAGUCUCAAUUCCGGAGGACUUUGAGAAAUGUAGACAGUCGCAAUCAUCCAGCUGUGGACCGCAAGACCCGCAUACAUAGUCAGGACGCCGAUGAUGACUUUAGCGACGAGGGUGACGACGACUCCGAUACCAAUGAUAAUGAAUUCGCUGACUCCUUCCAUGAGUCGAACUAUUUACAACAAAUCAAAGAGAUUAAAGACCAGUUCGAACAUCUAGUUACGUCUGUGGCGGCUCGUCUGAAAGGUAUAGGACGUUUUGACGGUCCAUUGAGCUGGGAUAUGCUGGCUGAGAAACUUGAAUGGAGGAAGGCGGGACAGGUCAUGAUCUCAGGACCGCUGCCAGCCUUUUAA